CUCCCUCUCCCCUCCCUCGCUGCUCCCUCCUCUCUCUGCUGCAUUUUGCAUGAGCUAUCUAGGUCAUUAGCAUUUUAGCGUAUGCAAGACUUGACAAAGCUGAUGAGAAGCCAGAUGGGCCCCUCUCCUCUCUUUUUUUUUUUUCUGCCUUUUUUUUUUUCUUUUUCCUCUCCUUUUAUUUUUUUCCCCCUUUUUAUUUUUUUCCUUUCCCCCCCCUCCUUUUUUUUUUUUUUCUUUUUUUUUUUUUUUUUUCCCCACCACUUGGGAUCCGAGCGAAAAGGAUUUGACUGCAGCAGCAGCAGCAGCAGCACAGCAGCACAGCAGCACAGGCGGACGGGGGAAGGCUCCUCGCGCUCCUCCAGACCCCUUUUAGAGCAGCAGCAGCAGCGCAGCGCAGCGCAGCGGGGCUCGGGCUGCAGGGGUCAGCGCUCUCCCUCCAGAUGGGAGGAGGCAGAGGUGCCUGACAGCCCAUCGCCCAAACCUGCGUCCCACUGGGGCCCUUCUCCCAUCCCUUCUCCUACCCUCUUUCCCAUCCUUUUCUCCCAAGCUCUUUCUCCUACCCAUUUUCCCAUCCCCUUUCCCACCCCUUCUCCACUCUCUUUUCCCAUCCAUUCUCCUGAACCUUUUUCCCAUCUCUUCCUCCUAUCCUCUUUUCCCAUCCUUUUCCCUUCGUUUUCCCCAUCCCUUUUCUUAUCAUUCUCCCAUUCCUUCUCUCAUCCCUUCUCCUCAUCUCUUUCCCCCAUUUCUUUAACCCUUUCCUUCUACCAUCCCUUUCCCAUCCCCUGUCUAAUUCCUUUUACCAUCUCUUUUCCCCAUUCCCUUUUCCCAUCCCUUUUCCGUUCCCCUUCCAUUCCCUUCCUCCAUUUCCUCUCCCAUCCUUCUUCUUCCCAUCCUCUCUCCCAUUCCCUCUCUGCAGCUGUAGCCCACCCCCUGCCCUCACCCCUCCAUCCCACCCUUGGCCCAGCAUUCCCAGCAGGAGCCCAGCAUUGGCCAAAGCCGACCCUUACUGGAGGUUCCUCGUGGCCUGGGGCCCCCAAAUCUCUUUGCAGCUCCGUGAGCAGACUCUCACCUCGGGGAUGGGAGCAGAGAUGAUGGCUCGGGGUCCCUGGGACAGCUCCUUGCACCCCCCCAGGGGUGCUGCAGGUAUUUGGGGACAGCCCUAUGGGGCGCGUUGCGGAUGCCGCAAGGAUCCUGUCGGGUUGCGCCGUGCCAAUAAAGCUCUUUUUACUGCAGGUUCCCGCAUCCUCUCC